AAAAACACAUACAUCAACAUUAGUAUUCGGAAUUAGGUUGAGAGAGAGAGGAAGGGAGAGGGUUGAGAAAUGGAGAGUAAUACGACACACUUCGAAGACCUCGAGGGUGAAGACGAUUUCCUCCUGGAACUAGCGGCUGCGGAAGCAGAAGCAGAAGCUGCGUCGGCCAAACGCUCUAGGGUUUCUAUGCCUGAGGCGAAGCCUGGACCGGCGGACUCGGUGGUGGAGGGAUCGUAUAUGGCGGCUCUAAGGGGCAGCAAUAGCGAGCAAUGGCAGAUGAACCCUCUGAAUCCCGGAUUCAAACCUCGGCGUGUCACUGCUUCUGGUGGAUUUAAUCAAUUUGACGGCGGACGUGUCUCGGUGAACUCUAACUUGGCCGGGAAUUAUGGUUCUGAUGCAGGGGAGCAAGAUUUUCUGGAGAAAAAUUGCACCUGUGGAGUGGGUAUUUGUCUGAUUCUCACAUCAAACACCCAGAAGAAUCCGGGUCGCAAAUUCUACAAGUGCCCCGUUAGAGAGGAGAACGGAGGUUGUGGGUUUUUCCAAUGGUGUGACGAGGAUCGAUCCUCUGGAACUCAUGCAGGAACUCACAGCUAUGCCAAUUCAAAUGACUCGAAGUUCCCGGAUCAUCAAUGUCCCUGUGGCUCUGGAUCCUGCCGCAUUCUAACAGCAAAAACAGGACAAAACAUCGGCCGUCAAUUUUACCGCUGUCCUGCAUUUGAGGCCUCUUGUGGUUUCUUCAAGUGGUGCGAUGACACAUCCGUGGCUUCUUCAAUGGAAAAUAGUUUUGCCAAGACAAGAAACUUAAGUGAGUCAGAUAGCAGAGACCACCAAAGUGCAAAAACAGGCACAGCUUGUUUCAAAUGUGGAAAAGAUGGACACUGGGCAAGAGACUGUACUGCUCAAUCUGGUUAUCCAGUGCCUGAAACAGGGCGAGGAAAGUCUUCCUCUUCAACUGGAGAUUGCUACAAAUGCGGAAAGCCGGGACAUUGGGCAAGGGAUUGCCCUUCCACUACCAGUCAGUUCAGUGGCGCACCGGGAAAAAGGCAGCGACAGUACUAGGUCAGCCCUUCGACUUUUGAAUGAUGGUUUUUAUACGGAAAGGGUAGUUUUACUAGAUAUAGAUAUCUUAAUGGCUGCUUGUUUUAUUCUCUUGUCUAAUUCCUUUUUAAAGCUUGUGUUGAAUUAAGGAAGAUUUCCGAAA